GAGCGCUAGCCAGGAAACUUUAUCGCUUGGCAUCAGUAUCAAAACACUUACAACUAACUAACUUCAAGUUAAUGGCAACUCAACACUUCUGCUAUAAUUUCUAUACAUCAUCUUCAUUGUCUUCAUUAUCUUGAUCAUCUUUCAAUCCUAACUUAUCCUUCCAAUUAAUUAUGGUUCAAUAUGUAAUUACGCCUUGGCGUACCCGUCGUGAGCUUAUCCAGGUGCGCGAAAAACUUUAUCAAAAUACUGAGACUGGCCCUCCAAAUGAUACUCAUCGUCGACAAGCUGUAUGCCUCAUCUCUGUGUGGAUGCAGCGUGGAAAUUGUCCCCAUCUCGUCGAAUCUUCUGCCAUUAUUACUUCAGCCAUUUUAAAUGAUGUUCCCGGAAAUUCAUCCUAUUGUGUGAGAGCUGCUUAUUCUGCUGCUUUUUGUCGGUAUGAUUGAGGUUUGCUCAUUGUCUAUUUUCUUCCAAUGACUGACUUAUGCUUUCUAUUUUAUCAUUAGAUUUGUCACAGGUCUUCUCGAUAGUCAUCAAGAUAAGCGUCGCAAAUUAAGUAUGUACUCGAUCGCGAAAACUAUAGGCUUACCAGCCACGUACGUUGAACUUCGACAUCAAGCUACCCAUGAGGAACUCCCAUCACUUCCUAAACUUCGAAUAGCUGCGCGCAAAGCACUAAAAUGGAUUUGGGAUUUUUACUGGGUAGAUUUAUCUGUUGGUGAAGAGGAUGACGAUUGCAAGACAUUCGUGCGGGGAGUUCUAGCGCAGAAGGAUCAAGGAAUUAAUUUAAAUAUGAUAAAGGAUCGACUUGAGAUCUUUGGAAGAGACGACCUUCUUCGCACGUUAGAUGAACUGGAGGAAUCUUCUGAGGAUCCCAUGACACUGUUACAAGCGCUCAAAUUCCGACAGAAGAUAUCCGACUGGGAAGGAUCGAAAUCCUCGAAAAGCAAUGCCUCAUCCAUCCCCGGUACAGCCGGCCAAGAUCUUGAUGAUUUUCGAGCGGAAAUUAUAAGAAUGGAUCAUGAUUUAGAUGGUAACAAUGCCUCUCUCCAAGUAGAUACGGGUCAUAAAUCUUCCACGAAUAAAACGGAAAAGGGCUGGACACGUUGGGAGGGACCAUGGAUACCAAAACCAAUAGGAAUAUUGUGAAACGAAGAAUUGGAUUGAUACCAAAAAUAUUACUUACUACCUGCCCCAUUAUGCAUAUUCUAUCUGGUACGGCACUUCACAAACACAACCACACCUUAAGAAAUACCUUUCAUCAAGGCUUUCAUCUAUACUCAAAGUCUAGAGCGCCAAAUAUGGCGGAAUGAGCGGCAUCUUCUUCAAUAGUGGGGCUAUCCUGUACGUUAAUUAUCUCAUGCAGCAUCAUAUCGAAUGAUAUUGGGGUUAUACGCAUGAAGGACAUUCCGACGCAUUUCUUCUUUUCUCCAUCUGGAUUUGUAUGCAUAUAACGCAUGGAUAUCAGAAAGUAUUGAGUCAUGGGAAUUUCUCAAUAAGUAUGAGAUAUUUUGGUAAGGACGAGUCGUGCAUGUAAGCCAUUUUGGUAUUCUUAAUCUAUGUUAAGCUAUAUAUUCUUUUUAAGGAUACGUACUAAUGGACUUUUUCCUAACAGUGUAGGAAUCGUCACUUUACAUACUACCCACAUACAUCAGCUAGGCUUUGCAUAUUCAACAUUUUGGAGCUGGAUGAAUAAAUUUCAUGCACGUUUCUUCUUGGUCCUGGAAAUGCUUGAGAUCGGGGUAUCAGAUUUAUCAAAAUCCUACCUAUCUUUAGUCCUCAUUUGUUACAGGUCAAUUUAGAUUUCAGUCUGGGUUUCUUUAGACUAUUGUAUAAGUAUUCAAUAACUAUACUGAUUUAUAUAUAACAUGGAAUAAUUAAAGACCU